AUGGCGACCACAUGUCCAGCAAUUACGCGUCUACGACAAGCUGUUGACCAGCAUUUGCCUGCAAAUAAUGCAUCAGCCAUUACCGGGCCUACACCGAUAACCACCCCCGAACGACGAGCGCGUUCUCUCAGCGACCUGCCCAUCGAGAUAUCCCAGCUAUCCAGCAAAGCUGCCGAGAAAGAGCCCAAGGACACUGUUCUUUACCUUGGAUAUGGCUCGAACCUAUGCGCAGAAACCUUCCAGGGAAAGCGAAACAUCAACCCACUCUCACAGGUUAAUGUGGUGGUGCCUGCAUUGUCCCUGACGUUCGAUCUGCCGGGCCUCCCUUACACCGAACCAUGCUUUGGCAAUGUACGAUACCGAGACACGCAAAUGGGCGGCGAUGUGGCGGGAGAUGACUACCACAAGGAUCGAUGGCAUAAAGGAUUGGUCGGUGUUGUCUACGAAGUUACAAGAGCGGACUACAUCAAUAUUAUUGCCACUGAAGGAGGAGGGUCAGGCUAUCAAGAUGUCCUGGUCGAUUGCUUCGCCUUGAAUGGCACGCUGAAUGAGACUGUUCCAUCUAAUCCAUCUGGGCCUUAUUUCAAGGCGCACACACUAUAUGACCCGACAGGACUAUCAAGAAGGGAACAUUCAUAUGCACAACCUAGUCCUCGGUAUCUCAAACUGAUUACGGAUGGAGCCACAGAGCAUGCUCUACCGCAAGAAUAUCAAGACUUCCUGAACCAGAUUCGGCCAUUCCACCUGACCACCAACAGACAAAGGCUCGGACAGUUCAUAUUCCUGUCCAUCUGGGGUCCAUUCAUCCUCUUCGCCCUUCAAGGCUCGAAGAUCUUCCUUCGGCCAGAUGGUACGUACCCUCCGUGGAUGGCAAAACUUGUCCAAAUCAUAUUUACAUCGACCUGGGCAAGUUACGAUAAGUUUUUCAAGAGGACCUUCGGUGACGGAGAACGGACGAUUGGGGAUUCGGAUCACGAUCAAGCUGGAGAUGGCUCAGAUGAGAAAGCCCCAUUACUCAGGCGAGAUAAAAGCUUGGUCUAG